UCUACGCGGUCACACCGGCAUCACCAAUGUUGUUGUUCGUUUGGUAUUAUAAUGGCUAGACUAUUAGUAUUAGUCAAAUUUGGGAUUUGACUAUUGUUGCCAAUUUCAUCGCAUCUCUUUCUUUUAAUGUCUUGGUAAUAAUUUCUCUACGGUCGAGUUAUGCAGCUUAAGUUCCGUAGAGUUCUUCCGGACGUGAUCGGUGAUCUUUCUAAACUUUGAUUUUGAAUGCCUCAGAUCUAUAUUUUCGGGCUGAAAUUGGCAUGUUGAAGUUACUCAGUGCAAUGAGAACUGAUCCAGCUCGAAAUUAAGACUUUGUUGGACUAUUCAAUCAACCCCUGAUAUCACAAGCCUUCAUGAUGGGAGACGAAUGGGUCCAGAGGAUUUCUCGAAAGAGAAAAACUCCUUAUUACUUCAACACAAGAACGGGAGUGGCACAGUGGGAUGAACCUACUAUAAAUACAGAGAAGACAUGUAAGGAUCAGAAAAAGGCAGACACUGGUGAAGAAGAGAACAAGGGAAGCCCCGCAAAGAAAGUUAAAAACAUGUCAGAGCCUCAUACCAAGAGCAAAUCAUCACCCGUCAAGGAUUGUAGUCCAGCUUCCAAACCAAUGCCUUCAAGAUGUGAUCAGGACCCUCUAGCGAUGCCAGUAGAGCAGCAGUUUGUACCAAGGAUAAUACAUCCAAAGAAGAGGAAAAAGAGAAAGAGAAAGAAGUCAUCGGCGUCAUCAGAAACACCCAACCUGGAUGAUACACCCCAGAAGAAAUAUCAAGACACUGAACAGCCUGAACCUCCAGAUAAAAGUAACAGUUUGAAAGGACCACCAGCAAAACUUACUCUGACUGUAGCCGCACCAGAAAGUGUAAUGAAAGAGACUGUCCUGCCGGAGAGAACGAAUGUGAAUAUGUCAUCUCCAAAAGGAAAUUGUAACCAAAACAAAAUAAUUGAUGGUGCUCCACAGCCACAAAGAAGGACUUCAUUGGAAUCUGUUUCUCUGAUGGAAGUUGACCUUCCCUUGAGGACAGAGGGUAAAGUUCUUGUGGUUGUUGACACCAAUGUGCUGAUCAACAGUGUGAAAUAUGUCAGGGAAAUAAAGGGCGAACCCAUCAAAGAUUUAGGAGAUAUAAUGCUGACCAUUCCUUGGAUGGUGAUGCAAGAAUUAGAUCUUUUGAAGGGCCCAAACUGUAUGGCGAUGACUCCACUAUCAUCUGCAGCAAGGAAGGCUCUGGAUUUUCUGCAUAAAAACAGGACUGAUCCUAACAUUAAAGGCCAAUCAUAUAACCAUUUUCUGAAGACAAAGAGAGAGAAAGAUGUGAAAGAAACCAGUGAUGACAAGAUUCUACGCUACUGUUUGCAGUGUAAGAAAAAAUAUCCAGAGAACUUGGUUGUGUUGCUUAGCAACGACAAGAACCUUUGUGUGAAGGCUUCAUUCAGCGGAGUGCCAUCAUCUGGAGAUAGGCUCUUUAUGGAUGAGAUCAUUAAACAGGUCAAAAGCCACUCUCAGCUCUGUCUCUCCUCCUCUGACGACAACGAUAUAUUCUCACCCAGCGAGGAGUGUCCCUCCUCAGCUUCAGGGAGGUCCUCACCGGAAGGAGCCAUCACCUGUAUCUCUCCCAUGGAGUUCACGUCCCCAGGAACAUUCCAAAACAACAACACAUCUACAGUGAAAGACCUCAAGACUCACAGUGAAGACAAUGAAAGAAGAAAGCAACCUUGCAUAUCUCAACAAAAUGAUAGAAAGAGAACCACACCAUCUCCCCUCAUGAAUCAGAGUGAUGUGAACAGACCAAAGCCAUCUUCACCAGCAUCACAGAGUGACUUGAGGACUAAAUCAAACAUUACAAUGGGAGAGAAGGAGACAAAGACACAAGGAAGGCCAUCUACAUCUUCUACAGCCCCUUGUGGAACAGUUAAAGCCAAAUCGGAUUUGAUAGAGGAGAACAUUGAUCAUCCACAUGCAUCAGAUUCAGCCACAGAGAGAAAGAAAAAGGAGAGAGAUUACACCAUACAGCUGACAGGUUUUUUGAGGCUUGCUUUGGUUGUUAUCCUCAGACAGGAGAUGGUAGAGAGCUACACUGAUCACUGGUUAGAGAUUGUACACAAGAAACCUCCUUGGUCUCUCCUAGAUGCCCUACAAUGUAUCAAGAAACAUUAUGUAGCUGUGUUUGGAUUACUGCUAGGGCGUAGGAACUCAGAGGAGGUGGAUCAGCUUAUCUCUAUUGUGGAAAGAAUUAGAGAAGAAGAUUCUUUCACAUCAAAACAGCUGAACUCCUUUCACUCUGCUGCUAAGGAGAUCUUAAAUCCACUACACAAAAAGACAAAGUACAAGGAUGUCACCACCAAGUGUGAAGGUGACAUUGAGAGGGUGUACCGUCAAUGGAAGAAGAUGAUACAGGAGGCCUCAAAACCUACAACCAGUACCGUCAUCACCCAGGCUGCAGAAACACCACCAAGAAUAAUAGGCUUGGAGCCUUUAGAAGAGAAAGAGAGUGUGCAGGAGAGCGAAGAUAUGUGCAUUUCACCACCAGCUACCUCUUCCUCCAACACACCUGAGAGAGGGACAGAAACCAGACUGCUAAUUAAAAACCAGGGAGCUAGGCAGGAGAUGGGAGAGAGAAGGGGAGGAGAUGGAAUGGACCAUGUGACCUUCUGCGUUCUUUCAUGCUUCGAAGCCGUCUACACUGUACUGAAAUACCAUAGGGAUGUGAUCGUAUGGUCCUUCAAGCACCUUGCCAGUGGCUGCCCUAUAGAGGGCCUCCCAACCAUAGGUGCUAGCCUGAACUACCUCUCUGUGGCGUUACCUCUCGUUGAGAUCAUCGUCCAGUCUCUUCUAAG